CUUGGGCAUAGAGAGAGGAACUAAAGGAGCAUCAUAAAUAUGCCAUGAUGAGUUGCAAGUGAUAUUAAAGACAUUGUAAUUUUUAAAUGAAAAGCAGCUUAUCCAGCCUUUUAAUAAUUAAUAUCCUGUAAUAAUGUUGAAAUGAUAGUGUUUGGAACUUGUAAGGAAAAUACACUUAAAGGAUAUGUUCUUUCCAUGUUUCACUUAUUAGAUUCCACUGAUAUUUACAAAAUGAGAUGAAGCAUUGCAUCCUAGAAAUAUGAGAUCCUUAAAAAAAAUUCUAACAUAUCAUCUGUUAUUUUAAAUAGGCUUUGGACUGGAGACAUGAUAAACAUUUUAAAAAGCUAAUUAUGAGAUAAACAUUUUAAAAAGAGGAAUGCAGUGACUGUGAAGACACAACAGGAAAGUCUUUUUCUAGACAUUGUCUGAUUUCAUUACCACAUCCCCGUAGAAUGAAUGUUCUAUGAUUGUCAUUUCACACAUGAGGAGCUCAAGACUCCUAGAGGCUGAGAGGCUGGAUCAGGGCACACAGCCAAUGAGUAGGAGAGUCACGACUGACAGCUGUCUGAUGCCUGAACUUUCAGCAGUUGAACUAUUAUCUAUAUGGAAGGUGCAACUAAGUUUAGAGAUUGCUUAUAGUCUAGGGAUAACAAAGAGAUCCAUUGGAUGUUAAUAUGCUAUCAACACUCAGGAUCCAGCCAGGAUGCUUCAAGGAGGAAAGAACAUUCUAGGCAAGAGAAGUGGUCUUCAUCAAAAGUAGAGUUCAACUCUAUGAAAAGGAAAUAAGUCAGACGUAAAUAUCAGUGUUUUUGAUGUACAACUGGAGAAGGCAAGAUAAAAGAACCCCGGAAAAGGAUGAAGUCCUAAAGAGAAGGGGAUUCUUCCAUUCAGAUGCUUUGCAUUCAGAAUAGACCUCUGAGUUGGGACCCAAGGUGUCAACUGAUCCCAAAUUCCUAAGUUCCUGACUUGCAGGUAUUGAUUUCUAACUUCUGAAGAUGGAUGAAGGUAUGGAAAUUUCAAGUGAAGGAAAUUCCUUGAUCAAAGCAGUCCAUCAGAGCCGGCUUCGCCUCACAAGACUUUUGCUAGAAGGCGGUGCCUACAUUAAUGAGAGCAAUGACCGUGGGGAAACCCCUUUAAUGAUCGCUUGUAAGACCAAACAUUUCGAUCACCAGAGUGUCAGUAAAGCCAAAAUGGUGAAAUACCUGUUAGAGAACAACGCCGAUCCCAACAUACAGGACAAAUCUGGGAAAACGGCUCUGAUGCAUGCUUGCUUAGAAAAAGCUGGCCCUGAAGUUGUUUCCUUGCUCCUCAAGAGUGGGGCUGACCUCAGCUUGCAAGACCAUUCUAGUUACUCAGCUCUUGUUUAUGCUAUAAAUUCAGAAGAUACAGAGACAAUGAAAGUUCUACUUAGUGCUUGCAAGGCUAAAGGGAAAGAGGUCAUCAUCAUCACAACAGCAAAGUCACCCUGUGGGAAGCAUACAACUAAACAGUACUUAAAUAUGCCUCCUGUGGACAUAGAUGGGUGUCAUUCCCCAGCCACCUGCACCACUCCUUCAGAAAUAGACAUCAAAACUGCCUCAUCACCACUUUCAGAUUCUUCCGAAACGGAACUGAUGCUUUUUGGCUUUAAAGAUCUUGAGCUUGCUGGAAGCAAUGAUGAUACCUGGGACCCAGGUUCCCCUGUGAGGAAGCCUGCUAUGGCCCCCAAGGGGCCCAAGCUCCCCCAGGCUCCACCGUGGAUCAAGAGUCCCCCAUCCUUAAUGUACCAGAACAGAGUGGCUUCACUGCAAGAGGAGCUCCAGGAUAUUACACCAGAGGAAGAAUUAUCUUAUAAAAUCAAUGGGCUGGCACUUUCCAAGCGGUUCAUCACUAGGCACCAAAGCAUUGAUGUCAAAGACACUGCACAUUUGCUAAGAGCCUUUGAUCAGGCCAGCUCAAGGAAGAUGUCAUAUGAGGAAAUAAAUUAUCAAUCUUAUCUUUCAGAAGGAAAUCAGCAAUGCAUUGAUGUCCCUGUUGACCAGGACCCAGAUUCUAACCAGACAAUAUUUGCUUCCACCUUAAGAAGUAUAGUUCAAAAAAGAAACCUGGGGGCAAAUCACUACAGCUCUGAUUCCCAGCUCUCAGCUGGCCUUACCCCUCCAACUUUAGAAGAUGGCAAAGCACUUAUAGGAAAGAAAAAGAUCCUCUUGCCAUCUCCUUCCCAAUUGUCAGAGUCCAAAGAAUUGUUGGAGAAUAUCCCCCCAGGCCUCCUGAGCAGGAGAAAUCAUGCAAUUUUAGAAAGGCGAGGUUCAGGAGCUUUCCCUUUGGAUCACAGUAUUACCCAAACCAGACCAGGGUUUCUCCCACCCUUAAAUGUAAAUUCUCACCCUCCCAUCUCAGAUACCAAUGUCAACAAGAUUUGCAGCCUUCUUUCUUGUGGUCAAAAAAUGCUUAUGCCAACAGUUCCUAUUUUCCCUAAAGAAUUCAAAAGUAAGAAAAUGUUGUUAAGGAGACAAUCAUUGCAAACUGAACAAAUUAAGCAAUUAGUAAACUUUUAGGNAUUUUCUUCAAAUGUUUAUAUCAUAGAAACAAAGAACUAGAGAAGAAAUCUUAAAUGUUCAUUCUUUUAAAUCUCAUAAUUGGUUAGUCCAUAAUGGCUAGGCAGAUUAAAAUGUAAUUGAUUUGUACUAGGCAUCAUGAACAUAAAAAAUAAUAUAUAGUUUCUGCUAAGGAAAAUUCUCUCAAACAAAAGGAAAGCUAUUUUUCUCAAUGCUUCUAAUAUUUAACAAUCUCCAUGUAGUCUAAAUUUGUCAUUUAAAAAAAAAUCAGCAAAGAAAGAAGGCCACAUAUGUUGGGGUAAUUUUUUUUAAAUUUCAGAUUGGCUAAAUAUUUUAUUAGGAAACAGUUUCCAAGUCAAUAAUUUUUUAACAUUUUAUGUUAAUAAGUGAGAUUGCAAUUUUUUGUAUGCCCCUCAAACCAUAAAAGAAUACACUGACAGCUAUUAAAUGUUCUAAGGUCAAUAAACUCAAGCUACAAAGAAAGAAUGAACUAAUUCAUUUAAAAUGUUAACUGAAGGUAGGUAAAACUCUAAUUAAAAAUAUAAAAGGUUAAACACUGCAUUAGAAUGAGCAACUAAAAUAUUCGUGAUGUCAGUUUAAUCAGUGUCUAACUGGCAAGUGAGUUUUACAACCUACUAAUAUUCUAUGCUGAGUCUUGUUGUUUGUGUACUGUGUUUUGCUUUGCGGAAUUAUUCUUUCUUCUUAUCUUUUAAUUCCUGUUAUUAGUUUUGGAAGCCUAUCCAUAGGUUUCCAACGACAAGAUGAUAUAAAAGCUAAAAAGCAUUUCUCUUUACUUAUAUCAAAUUAUUCUUGUCUUUCAAAAAUAAUCAAAUAAACAAAAAGUUCAUCAUGGAUAGAAACUAAGCACUCACUUUCUUUUAAAAAGAAAAACUGAUGAUUAGAUUAGGUUAAUUAAAAUUAAGACCAGCAGUAGAAACUUAAUCACAAAAUGUACUAAAUAUUUGGGCAAUAUUAAAAAACACCUUAUUUCUGAUAUGUAGUUAUUAGACAUUUCUAUAAUAAGGAUAACUUAUUUAGUGUGACAUUCCAAUCAUCUAGUAUUUUAGGACCUGUGAAUAACUUCUAACAAAUUAAUGAAUACCAUAUUAGUAUUAUAAAAUAUCAUAAAUAAUUAUAUGAUCUAUAUAACUUCAAAGUUUGAUGUUUAAACAAAGAAUCCUUAUUUCAAUCUAGCAGUUUAACAGCAAAGAAUAAAUCAGACUAUACAAAACCUAAGUGUAUUAAUUUGAUGACUGUCGUAUACAACUUUCUUUGCCUUCUGAGUAGAGGUGAUCCUACAAUUGGCAUAAUGCUUUUCUUGGUAAUUUGAUAUAAGCAAGUUGUAAUGUACAUAGUAAUUAUUUAAUUACUGUGGCUUUUAUUUUAAAAAGUAAUUAGAGGUUUUUCCAUUUCAUGUUUUGAACAAUAUUAAUAUUAAUUACACUAGACAUUUUUGAUUCAGAACUUAGAAUUGUACCUAAUAUUUACAGGUAGCUAAAUGCUUCUGCAAGUUUAAUAUCGAGAAAAGUACUUGACUUCAAGUUGUAAGGAUACAAUUUGGAAGGAUAUGUAAAGAGAUUAGUUCAUAAACAAAAUGGUAUCAAUAAAGAUUUAAAAUAUCA